UUUCUUCAAUAGUACGACGAUGCGUUCGUGCAAUUGGCUCUUGUCUUCUUGCUCCGGAGGCUACUGAAGGACCAUUCUAUUGGAAUUCAACAGUUCGUAGUGACAUUACAGAAAAUAAAGAAGGUGUUCGAUUCCGUCUUACAGUUAUUGUAUUGGACACAACUACUUGCUCACCCUUAAGCGAUGCUCUUGUCGAUUUAUGGCACUGUGACGCUGAAGGAAUUUAUUCCCAUUAUAUUGCUGCUAGUCUUGGACAGAAUACUAGACAAAGAGACAAUUCGACUUUCUUUCGAGGACAGCAAUUAACUAACAAACAAGGUGUUGCAAGUUCUGAUACUAUUUAUCCUGGUUGGUAUCGUGGUCGAGCUACUCAUAUGCAUGUCAAAGUACAUGUUGGUGCUACUUUAAUAAAUAUAGGUGGAGCAAUCUAUACAAAAGGUGGUCAUGUUUCGCAUAUUGGUCAACUCUUUUUUAAUGAUACUCUUA